UUCUGCAAAUGCCAAAGUUACUCCAGUGCACUUAUGGAAAUAGUAUAUGAAGUUAUUUAAAUGUGGUUGCCUACUAAUGAAUAUCUUUUUUGGUCAUUAUAUAACAGUUCUGCUUUAUGCUUGGCUUCCUUAUAUUUUCCAAUAAAGAAUUAGAUCCUUGAACAGUUAGAGGCUGAUAAUCUCGUCAUUUUGGGUUUCUUUUUUUUUUUUAAUAUUUUUUUUUUAUCCUUGAUUGCCCAGUAAACAUCUAUGGCUUAGUUGGACAAUUAGUACAACAAAAUGUGGUAAUUGACCUGACUGCGGUAUUGGUAACUGGGUAUCAAAUUUGACCAUAGUGUGCCAUGGGUUGGUUGGAAUUGUUUCAUGUGUGCAUACAUGAGGUUCAUGCCUUUUCGUUCAGAAUAAGAAAUUAUUUUGGCUAGACAUAACUAGUUAAAAGGCUUUUGAAUUUUCUAUUGGACUUUUUUGUAAGGUUUUACAACGUUGGAAAUAUUGCAUCAUUCUUGUAUUAUUCAAUAAAAAAGUAUUGCAUAGUAGUGCUUCUUUGCAUGGCUUCUUUCACGAAUGAAUUUUUCAAUUUGAUAACUGUUUUUUGUGAUGUUGAUUGUAGAAACUUAUGGAGGGAAAAUACUUCACAAUUUUUAUUCAUUUAUGUACAACAACAUAUUUACUAUAUUCAAUUUACGACUAUACCCUUACAAGUUACACUUGUUACAACCAUGUCCUCUAAUACUCCCUCUCAAGCUGGGGCAUAUAUAUCAUAUAAACCCAGCUUGAAACAAAUAAGUUUUAACCGACUCCAACACAAGUACUUAGUAAACAUAUUUGCGAGUUGAUCGGUAGACUUCACAAAAGGUUUAGAAAUGUUACUUCUUAUUAUCUUAUCUCGAAUAAAGUGACAAUCAAUCUCUAUAUGUUUAGUCCUCUGAUGGAACACAAGAUUAGAGGUAAUAUGCACUGCGGCUUGAUUAUUACAAAAUAACUGGAGAGGGAUAGGAGCUGGAAAUCCAAUCACUUGAAGAAAGUGUUGCAACCAUGUCAGUUCAGUACUACUUGUUAGAGGACAUGGUUGUAAUAAUUGUAACUUGUGAGGGUAUGGAAUGGCAAGUGACACUAGUAAACCUAUAAAAGAACUGGGGGAGGUAUUGAGGAGGGUUGGGUAAGGUUGGGUGAAUGUGAAGCAGGAAAUUUAAGAGUAGGUAAUGGUAGAGGAUCACACUCAACACUUGAAGUUAUGUCCAAGAAAUAGGGUAUGGAAUCAAAGAAGGUAACAUCAACACUCGUGAAGUAGCAUCUAAGAACAAUAUUAUAACAAUGAUAUCCUUUCUGGGCCAAGGUUAUGAAUAUAGCAAACACACCUAAAGAAUUUUUGGAGGAAUGGGUAAAUGAUGGAGAUGAAGGAAACAAGAUGGAGAAGGGAGAGGAACCAUCGAGAAUUGAUGAAGGCAUAUAGUUAAUAAGGUGACAAGCAGUAAGAACAUCAUCACUCCAAAAUCGUUUAGGAACAUGCAUGUGUAGUAAAAGUGCUGGGUUACAUCUAACAAAUGACGAUUUUUGCGUUUAGCCACCACAUUCUAUUGGGGUGUAUAAGAACAUGAAGUUUGAUGAACAAUUCCUUUAUUACUUAAGUAAGUAGCAAAGACACUAGAUUGAUAUUCUAUAGCGUUAUCAGAACACAAAACUUGAACCCUUUUGUUAAAUUGGGUUUUAAUUUAUUUCCAAAACACUUUGAAUAUGGAAAGAAAUUCAUAUCUUUCCUUCAUCAGAAACACCCAUGUCAUGAGAGUAGUCAUCAAUAAAUGUGACAAAAAUAAUGAAACUUGUUUGAUUCAAUGUUGAUUGGUCCCCAUAUAUCAAGUGAACCAAUUCAAAAUGACUCGAUGCUCGUUUAACAACUCAAGGUACAAAAGACGCGUGAUGAUGUUUAUUAAUUUGACAUGCUUCAUAAGGAAAGGGAGUCACAUUUCCUAGAUUCCUAACUUGAUGCUUCUAAAGGGAAAGAGGGGUGACCAAGGCGACAAUGCCAUUCAUAAGCAGAUGAUGAGGAGGAUGUAAGAGUUUGAGUGAGUGACUGUUUAACAUCAAGAUAAUACAGAUUGUACCAAUCUUGUUUCCCGUUUUGAGAUCUUGAAAGACAAAUGUAGAGGGAUAAAAUAUCAUUGAACAUUGAAGACGAAUGAACAUCAAACUAAAGGGAAAACUAGGAGCAUAUAGAACAGAUGACAAGGAUAUAGAGUCAGUGAGUUUAGUGGAUCCAAUGCUUGUAACUUUAGCAAGAGAACCAUUAGCGAGAGUAACACUUUUUGGAGAUGUCACAGUAUCUAACUUAGAUAAGACAGAGGACAAAUAAGUCAGAUGUUCAUUAGCUCUUGAAUCAAUGGUCCAUAGAUCUUGAGUGGAUGAGACAAGACAUGCGGAUGCUAUAACUGAGUGGGCAAGAGUAGUUGUGAAAGAUGAAAUCCGUGUGUGACCCAAAAGCUUAUCAAUACUCAUCCUUUGAUAUAUUAAUCAUAUCUUGGCAAAUGACUUGAUCAGUGGAUCUAGAUGGUCUACCAUGUAGAUCUCAACAAUAGUCCACCGAGUGGUUAGUGCGACCACAAUGGGUGCACUUACAAGAUUCUUGACCUCGAGUGCGAUUACCUUUGGCUUCAUGUCCCCCAUGUGAGCCUCUACCACCCCGGCCUCCACGCCCACUAGGAGCAACAUAGGAGGCAAUAGCAUCAUGUAACUGUGGCUCAAAUUUAGCUGUCAUGGAUGCAGAAAAAAUAUCACAACUGAACUUGGAGACAGAAACUUCACACAAGAUAUGAGAAAAACCACAAUUCAACUUGAAAAUCUGAGAAACAUAGUUUGGAAAUGUAGAAACUCAGCCCAAGUACCCAAAAAACAACCUGAAUAACAACAUUUUGGCCUUGUAUUGAGCAUAAUUACACUGUAUCGGCAUGUAUCAGCUUUGAAUUGCACUGUUUCAACCUAUAUCGGCUGAUCGGCUUGUAUCGGGUUGGUAUCGGCCGGUAUCAACUCUGAACCAGCCGAUAUCUGUUUUUAUCGGGUAUCGGCCAAAAAUGACUUCAACCUAAACUCAAAACUGGAUUAGGUUAUCCUAAACAAUAAUUAGUGGUCUGGGAAUUAAUUACCUUAUCUUUGUUACCAAAAAGGCAUUAUUCCAGAUAAGGAACAAGCUCUUACUCUAGGUUGGGGUUAUUCGCACUUGAGGAUGGAAUUGGUUAUCCUUGCAACCAAACACUACAUCCCUUUGACAUUGUCGAUGACAAGUUGCACUUCAGUCGGCCAUUGACAAUGGGAAACACGUCGGGAUGCACAAACAACGUCGGUAAACUCACCUUUGGUAUCCAAUAUCAGAGACAACACCAGAAACUCGUUGGAAACAACUUCAAACACCUACAGGCUGCCGAUGACGAAGAGAGAAGCCACUGGGAUCUGCUAAGGAUGACGACAAAUUUGAAUCCGGCAGCUGCAAACACUGGCGAGCUUAGAUCCGGCUACGAAAGUUAGAUACGACACCAGAAAACACUCCGACAAGUUCAGACCACAGUGAGCUCAAUUUCAGCAUGAACCACUGUACACCACUUACCACCAUCCGACAACUGCAAUUCUGAUGAGUCUCCUGUCGUGGAGGCAUUUGGCUCUUUCGUAAUGGAUAUAUUCUGUGCUGGAAGUGAUAUAGAUUUAUCUGUGAAUUUCAGUAACAUGGCUGUUGAAAUUUCUCGACAGAAGAGGAUUGAAACCCUCAAAAAGUUUGCAAAAAAGUUUCAAACUCUUCAAAGGGGAGGACAUGUUGCUUGCCUUCAGACAAUCACAACGGCAAGGGUGCCAGUUGUCAAAGUCAUUGAUUGUGGAACUGGCAUUGAAUGUGAUUUAUCAGUUGAGAAUAGGGAUGGUAUUGCAAAAUCCCAGAUUGUCCACAUGGUUUCUAUGAUUGAUGAAAGGUUUCGGAAGCUUAGUUUUUUGGUGAAAGCCUGGGCAAAGGCACAUAGCAUUAAUAGUUCCAAAGAUCGAACUCUGAACUCUUUAUCCCUUGUAUCAUUGGUUGCCUUCCAUUUGCAGACUCGAGAUCCUCCAAUUCUGCCUCCCUUUUCCGCUUUAUUUAAAGAUGGAACUGACCCUGGAAGUGUGGCAAGAAACGUUCAUAAUUAUUUGGACUAUGGAAAAAAGAAUAAAGAAUCCUUGGCAGAGCUUUUCAUUACUCUACUUAUUAAGCUAGAAUCAGUUGAGACGCUUUGGAAGGAAGGUCUCUGUGCCAGCUUAUAUGAAGGAUCUUGGACAUCUAAAUCAUGGGAUUCUGAGUUUAACUUUAUAAGUGUUGAGGAUUUCUCAGAACGAUCCCAAAAUGUUGCGAGGGCAGUAGGAGGACAAGAAGUUAAAAAGAUCUACGAACGUGUGCAAUAUUCCCUUGGUUGCCUUUUGACCUUUCUAGGUGGCCGGUUGCAGCAACCAACAUUAAGGGAUAUUUUGUUUGGUGAUGCAGUAUCUACUUUACCAGAUGUAUGUACUAGAAAUCCGAUGGACGGUGAAAAUACAGCUAGUCCUGUUCCGAGUAAUCCUCGUCCAAUGAAGAAGCAGCGUAUAAUGGAAGGGCAGAAAGGACAACAGUUUGUGGAAGGCUCGGGAAGAAAGCAGAACUAUGAUGCUUCUCGGUUAGGUAAUAAUUUGUGCCACAGUGCAGGGACACUUCCUUCCGAUAUUCAAGGUUCAGAUGGUCAUCUACAAAAUCAACCCAUUAUUUAUCCACAAACUUCACCUUGGUUUGGUGCACCACAUAGUCAAGAUCCAAUUUUUCUGAACCAAUACCCGGGACAAUUUAAUUCUUUCUCUCUACAAGACUUGAUAAUUUCUGGCCUGCUGCUUGGUUCUUUCUAUCCUUAAUGUUGGCAUGUACUUGACAUGGUUGAAAUGAGAUUGCUCCUUCGAGUUUGGCAGCGUCUGAUGUUGUUAGCAUAUUAGGGUCAUUCUUAUGUACCGAAACUUUUCUUUUGCAAGUUUACUCAUUAUAGUUCUAUCGAACAAAAAAAGAAUAAAAAGUUUCCUCAUUAUAGUUCUUUCGCUUUGAA